CGAGGCUGCCCGGCAGGAGAGCUGCGCUCCGCAGCGCGGUCCCCGCGGGGGUGUCCGUGCCCCCCAAAAUCCGGCUGCUGCCGGGGAGAGGUGGGGCCGAGCAUCCCCCGCCCGCGGGUGCGUGUGUCUGUGUGUCUGUGUGUGUCUGUGUGUGUGUGUCUCGCCGUGCCGGGUGCGCGCAUCCCUGAGCGCGCCCGCGCUGUCUCUGCGUGUCCGUGUGUCUGCGUGUCCGUGUGUCUGCGUGUCCGUGUGUCUGCGUGUCCCUGCGUGUGCCCGUGCGUGUCUGCGCGUGCCGCUGCGUGUCACCCCGUGUGCCCGCGCCCCUCCCUGUCCCCGCGGUGUGCGUGUGUGUGUGUGAGAGCCGCGCAGAGCCCCGCAGAGCUCCACCGUGCCCGCCGUGCUCCGGGAGGAGCCGCUCCGGGAGCCGCGGCCGGCCCGGGGCGCAACAGGCGGAUGGCGGCGGGGUUCGGGCGCUGAGGGCGAGCGGAGCGGGCGGGAUGCGGGCGGAGGAGCCGCUGGCGCUGGCGGCCCCGCGGGCGGGCGAGGCGGAGGCGGAGGCGCCGGGCGAGGAGCGGAGCGGCGGCGGCGGCAGCUGCUGCAGCAGCGAGCGGCUGGUGAUCAACAUCUCCGGGCUGCGCUUCGAGACGCAGCUGCGGACCCUCUCCAUCUUCCCCGACACGCUGCUGGGCGACCCCAGCCGCCGGGUGCGCUACUUCGACCCGCUCCGCAACGAGUACUUCUUCGACCGCAACCGGCCCAGCUUCGACGCCAUCCUCUACUAUUACCAGUCCGGGGGGCGGCUCCGCCGGCCGGUCCAUGUGCCCCUCGACAUCUUCCUGGAGGAGAUUCGGUUCUACCAGCUGGGCCAGGAGGCCAUCGAGACCUUCCGGGAGGACGAGGGUUUCAUCCAAGAGGAGGAGAAGCCCCUGCCUCAGCAUCACUUCCAGCGCCAGGUGUGGCUGCUCUUUGAGUACCCCGAGAGCUCCGGGCCGGCCCGCGCCAUCGCCAUCGUCUCCGUGCUGGUCAUCCUCAUCUCCAUCGUCAUCUUCUGCCUGGAGACCCUGCCCGAGUUCCGCCAGGAGCCCAAGGGCGCCCAGCCUGGCUUCGGGGAGGCGGCACAGCUCGGCGACGAGGCGCUGCUGCUGCCGCCGCCGCCGCCCCCGAGCGGGACCCCGCCGCCCCUGCGCCCCGCCGCCGGCGCCGGCCCCUUCUUCACGGACCCCUUCUUCCUCAUCGAGACCCUGUGCAUCAUCUGGUUCUCCUUUGAGCUCCUCGUGCGCUUCUUCGCCUGCCCCAGCAAGCCCGAGUUCUCCCGCAACAUCAUGAACAUCAUCGACAUCGUGGCCAUCAUCCCCUACUUCAUCACCCUGGGCACCGAGCUGGCCCAGCAGCAGCAGCAGAAGCAACAGUCCGGGGGCAGCAGCAACAACGGGGGCCAGCAGCAAGCCAUGUCCCUGGCCAUCCUCAGAGUCAUCCGCCUGGUCAGAGUCUUCAGGAUCUUCAAGCUCUCCAGGCACUCCAAGGGGCUGCAGAUCUUAGGGAAGACUCUUCAGGCCAGCAUGAGGGAGCUGGGUCUCCUCAUCUUCUUCCUCUUCAUCGGGGUGAUCCUCUUCUCCAGCGCUGUCUACUUUGCAGAGACUGAUGACCCUGACUCCCUGUUCACCAGCAUCCCUGAUGCUUUCUGGUGGGCAGUGGUGUCCAUGACCACCGUGGGCUACGGGGACAUGUAUCCCAUGACCAUUGGUGGCAAGAUUGUGGGCUCCUUGUGUGCCAUUGCAGGUGUGCUCACCAUCGCCCUCCCCGUCCCUGUCAUCGUGUCCAACUUCAACUACUUCUACCACCGGGAGACCGAUCACGAGGAGCAGUGCCAGUACACCCACGUCACCUGUGGCCAGCAGCAGUCACCUUUCUUUGAGCCUAAGAAGGGGGACAGCAAUCAGUCUCUCAGCAAAUCCGAAUUUCUGGAGGCAGAAGACCUGGAGUCCAUGAAAUACUCCAACUUCAUCCCUCCCAAUAACCAGGGUUUCAAAGAGAAGAAAAUGCUGACAGAGGUGUGAUCGGUUCUGUUCUCCUGGGUCCAGACACAGAGCUGCGAGCUGCUGCACAGCAGCCCUGCCACAAGCAGCUGGAUCUGUUCAGCAUUUACAUGCCAGACUGUGAAUUGUGAUACCGUAAACAGAAUGAUUGUGAUAAUGGGCUCUUCUGUCCUGAUUUGCUGUUUCUCAUUACUGUGUGCAGCCAGAAUCGUCCUCGCUUUAUUCCGUGGAGUGCGAGCUGUCAUCCCCACGCCCCUGUGAAUUUCCCUCCCUGCUUUUGAAGACUGCUUUUAACCCAGCAUUUGCCCUGAGACCGAGCCUUGUUACUCCACCGGCAGAGAAGCCCUUGGCACUCCUUCAGCCGAAGGAUCCAGCACAGUGAGCAGUUAAAGGGGCCGCAGACAUCUGGCUCGAGCCGUGCCCUUGGUUCCCGUGCCGGCGGUGCCCUUGGCUGUGGGAUCGGUCACGCCUGCCCUGCCAUCGCCUCGGAAUGAUGGAAACGCUGCAGCCAGGAGCACGGGGAGCUCUGCAGCUGUAGGGCAGAGUCAGCAAGCAGAUGCCUGCCUUCUUUGCAACCCUCGGCAUGCUAGAGAUCCCCUUUUUGGUUUGUGUGGCCGUAUAUACCACGUAUCAAAAACAGGCUUGUAGCAAUCAACAGGCUUGGGGAAGAUUCUCUGUGUUUUGAGCUUAUCUCAGCCUUAUUUGUGCCAGUGCCCUGAUGUUAAUUGGCUUUUAUAGUACCAACUUUAUCUUCGCGGUGGUAAGUGCCUUCCGACGCAAGGCGCAUUCGAGUAAAUUCAUUUGUUAUCUCCACGCAGUAGCGUUUAAUGAGAUGUGCUUUGUGCCUCAGACACCCAGCUCUGCGUUCGGGCAUGUGAGAGCAGUUGACUCCACUGCUUUUUUUUUUUUUUUUUUUUCUUUUCCACUGAGCAUUGGUGUAGCUGAGGGAAGUUUGCCUGGUAGUGUGACUUUGUCGACAAGGCUGAAAAAUUCCCAGCACGGGGAAGCUGCACCUGUGCUGUGGGAGGAUCUCGCUGGUCUAACCACUCACACGGGCAUAAAUUGCCCCAGGGUAAGCGUGUUAACAUUUGAGGCUGAGGUUACAAACUUCCCUGAGCUAUCUGCACAAACCCAGGGGUUUCAAGUGAGGGGAGAAGCAGCCAGCCUGGAAGGGACGCUUUUGCAUGUAGGACUGAUCCAGCCAGAGCUUGGUGUUUUGUGGAUAGAAGGGACAGCAGUGUUUUUUGCACUGGGUUUUAGGAGAGCAGCGUAUGCCAGCAAUGCAAGACAUGCAUAGCUUGGCCUGCAGUGCUGGGUUUGCCAAGGGACCAGAGAUUUCUGUCUUAAGAGGCACAUUUUGCUUCCCAGAUCAUUUAUUUAAUUGGUCUUCAGUCAGCUCUGCCUUGCACCUAACUUUAAAGUGUUUCAACUGCUGCCAGCAGGUGAAAAGGGGGAAUGGAUGCUUUCAGAUUCUGCUGGCAAAUUCUUCCACGAGGAAAAGCCUUUCUUGUUUUAACUCUUGAGUGUAUGUUUUGCGUUCACGUGUCUGCAUGUGUAUGAAAGCAGAGGCAGCCAUUAAUGCCUUGCAUCAUCCUGUAUGAUAUGCAUAUUAGAAUGUACUUCAUAUUGCAUGGAAUACAUAAACCAGACAUAAUAUCAAGGUGCAAAAUACACAGAAUGCAUUUUAUGUAUAUAUAACGCUUUUCAGCCAUGAAGCUAAGAAUUCUAAAGGCAUGUUGUUGGGAGGGACCUAAAAGAUCAUCUGGUCCCAACCCCUCUGCCGUGGACAGGGACACCUGCCACUAGAUCAGGUUGCUCAGAGCUCCAUCCAUAUACUUUAAUAUAGUCAGAACUGGCUGUGAGAUGGGAUCUGUUUGCAUCUUCAUUACCCUGCCUGUUUUCAGUCAUCUUGAGAUGUGGCUCCAUGCCUGGAGUGCUUUUAUUGUGGCCUGCCCUCACCUGGGCCCUGGUCAUAUGGUGGAAGUUGUUUGUGCAAAUCCUGAGUGUGCUCCGUUUCUCCAGAGCCCUGUUGUCCUCUCCGAGGUUUUUAGCGUGCUGGGAUCUCCCGUGGGGUCAGCACACAACCAUUAUGUUAAAAUCUCCUUUCUCUCCCUCGCUGAAAUCAGGAUGAAAAUGCCACUUGUGCCGGUGUGGUGUGGUGAGGGCUCAUAGCUCAGAGGAGUGUGCCUGAAUAAUGUAGAAUUUCCCUUUGCUUUCUCGGGAUUGAGGCAGAGGUUUGUGGAGCUCUGGGCCUUGGGAGCCGUUCUGCAUCCCUUGAAGAGCGUAACCAGCUGGUGGGUAAGUUGUCCUGGUGAAUGAGUGGGACUGAGGAAGGAUCAGCACUGUGCCAUCUCUGUUGAUUUUGUCUGAAAGAACCUAAGUCCAGGUCAUUGAGUUUAUUCAGUAAAAAGCUGGUGUUGUCCUUAGUUGUGUUUCAGGGUCACUACAAGGAAAUCUUUACUGUGAGGGCAAGAGAGGGACUUCCCUUCAAAUUCCCCGUUGCUGGAAACCAGCAAAAGAACCUGCUGUUUAAGAGGGAUGUUCCAAGGCUGCUGCCCUGUCCUAGCAGAAUGCCCAUGUUUGGGGUUAUUUUAUGCCUGAGUAUUUCAGCUGAGAGAAGUUUCCCCAAAGCAGGAUAUAAAAAACUCAGGUUAAAACAGAAGUUCAGGAGGAGUCCUGAGACGCACACUGAGCCUGCCUCGGAAAAUUCCCGUGCUCCUUUCUUCCCUCGGGCCUGGCCCCAUUGCCCCUGCCAGGCAGGAGCCCUCCCUGCUCAGAACAGGUUGUUCUCCUGACCAACAUGACAGGCAUCUGGGCAUGGAGUCUCUGGAGAAAUUCAGCACUGAGUUUCUAGUGGGUUUUAAAACACAGACGCGGGGCGUUGCGUACCCAAGGUGCGAAGGAAUUGUGUUGUAAACAGGCAGCUUUGUGCGGAUUUUGUGAUCCACAUUUUUAAUUUCUCCCAAGAAAGUUCAUGGAAAAAAUGUGCAAAGCAGGAGCGGUGUUUGUUCCCUGGGUUUUCUGUGUUAGAGCUACUGAGAAAUGCAAAAAGGCAGCAGAAGCGUGGAAAUUGUAACCUUGGGAGUCAUUUGGGCACGUAAAUCCUUCUGUAAGCACCUCCUGAACUGCAGUGAAGUCCCAGAGUCAUCAAUAAUACCAUAUAUUAUAGAGCUUGUGGAAUUUGACAUUUUUAUUAAGGUUUUGUGGUUUAUUUUGUGACUGAAGUGACGUAGUGGCACCUGUGCCACUGACUUUACGGAGGUCUCGUUGUCACCAGAUCACAGAGAUGCUUUCAAGAAUUUUCCCUCAAGUUCUCACCCCUGAACGUUCAAAAGGCAAAUCUGUGAGGUUCUUUCUGCAGCUAUUUCCUUCUGAAGGUAGAGCACAUCCUUGUGAAGCCAAGUAGGCACCUCCAGGGAGUUGUUUCCAUAACAACCUCCCGGACUGUUUCUCUCUGCGCUGUGACUGUGGCUACAAGCAAAAGCACUCGUUGGAUAUUUUGUUUUCAGAUAUUAGCAGCUCAUCCUCACGGACGUUUUCCUCACUUCCUGAAGAUGAUCCCAUCGCCUUGUGUCGUGUACAACUCGUCCUGUCCAACUUCAGAAGGACAGCUACCAGCCUUGGAAAGAAGGGAGUGCAAACCUGGAGAUGGGAAGAGAUUUUAUUUGUUCAAAAAGGGGUGGAGAGUGUGUGAAGGGACAAUCUGAGCACUCAGCCAAGGAGCUGAGGGACAGCUGGCCUGUGGUUGUAGAGUUAUCUGGGUGCCCAGUGAAUACAAGCUAAAGCAUCACAUGAAAAAAUCAGAAAUUCCUCUUUCAACAGUCUCACUUAGGGAAUAGUUUUGCACUGGAAAAGGCUUUUGUUCCUUCCUGAUCCCUUGGCUGGUUUGUGACAAUCAGUUCCCCAGAGAAUCUUCCCACAGGAUGUUUUGCACCAAAUCAGGGCAGGGCAGAAAUCAUCUCCUUGGAGGUGAGGAAGGAAGGAAAAGAAUCCUACUGAGGACACCAGUUUUUUAUCCACCUAAAGGACUGUAAGUGUGAAAGGCAUGAAGACCUGUUUUGUGAUAUUUCAAGGUCUGCAUUCCCGGUGGAUUCUUGCACUUCCCUCCAAGAUGACGUUCCUAUUCUGCUCCUGCCUGGAAAAUGUUGGAAUUCGGGAUUUCCGAGCAAUUUUUCUGUUUGGCCCUUUCAUGGAUAAAAAUUCCCUGCUCCAGCAGCUGUGGGGGUGAAGGUGGCUGGACUGGGUGUUCUCUCCUCGGCCCUCUCGUUCAGCAAACAGGGAUCCCUGUGGAGAUAAAGGAGAGUGAGCAUAAAGGAAAUUCAGGGCAGUAAGAGAGGGUAAGGACUGAAGUGUCUUCUGCAGAGUGAUGGAAAGAACAGCAUCAACCCUGAAAGCAAAGGAACAAACAGCUCCAGCUUCUGCUGCUGUAGCUGAAAUAGGUCCUGUUUACGCCAGGGAAGGAUCUGUGGAUUACAGCAGGAGUUAAACCACAGCUUUCCCAAAAGUGCUCCUCUGACUUGAGUCCAAAGACAAGAUUUAUGGGAAACUUUUGUCUUCACACAGAAUAUCCCUGAAGAUCCAGCUGGAUUCUGGAUGCUGCAAGGCUGGAUGCUGCAAAAGAGGUGGUUUCAUCUUCCUCCUGUAGAGUUGGUGACGUUUCUCUGUGUGCAGGGAAUCCAACCUUUACGGACAGGGAACUGUUUUCCUUUGCGGUUUUCUUGGUGCUGUUGCCUUUAAAGGGAUCAACACUCUCAGUUCAAAGAAACCGAAACUGGAUGUGAGCAGGGAUUGGAGGAAGGAGGCAGGGAGGAUCCCCUACAACGUUCAAACGUGUCUCACUCCUGGGAAAACCAAGUAAACCAGGAUUCAACUGCAGCAAUUUCUGAGCUGUUCAUCGGAAACCCCAGACAAGCACCGAGUCCUGUGGGAAGCUGGGAAUGACACAGGACACCUCCAGAAGACUGCUGUUGAAACUUCCUUUAAACCUGUUUUUUUCAAGUGGAAGAUCCAGAGCUGGCAGAUGGGUAAGGUCAUCACUUAGAAGAGCAAAGAGCUCUCUCCAGAGAACUGAACAAGCCGCCGAAGUCUGUCUGUCUGUCUGUCUGUCUGCCUCUCUUUUGGCCUUGGGUUACUGUGCUUUUUUUAAAACUGUGAUUUCAUAGCUCAGAUAAAAGGUAGGUGUUUCACAUAGCCCUGCAGGUAGCAAUCAUCCUGUUCAUGCAAAAUAUCUGCUGUGUAAGGGAGGGGCCCAGACUUUCUCAUUUACUCACAAAACGUCUUGCUUGGUGUGUGUGCAGUCAGUUCUUGUGAACGUGUGAGUCCAUUGCCUGCUCUAAAGGAGCUAGUGGCUUAGUUUCAGUGGUCAUAGAGAUUUUCACUGAAAUAUCGCUGUUUGUGGUAGUCUUUUGUGUGAUUUAGAAGACACAAUAGCCGGACAGUUCUGAAAUUAUGGUAUAAUUGUACUCGGCGUUCCCAGAAAACGCUCUGAAGUUUUCUCCCGUUGCACCAUUGUGAUAAAAACCUCUGUUGCUUUUCAAGCUCCCAAAGUCCAUGCUGUGCUGUGCUGAAACUGCUUGAAAACCCAAUUAGCAGUGAAAAGUGAAGGGCAGAGAGGGAUGCUGUGGCCUGGAAUUCCCUCCCUCUGGCAGCGGCAAAGGUCGGUUGUGCAGCCGAAUUUCCAUGACCACGUGUGGAUCCACCGGGUGUGUUGCCAGUUCUCUGCACAGGAGAGGGAGAGGGUGGGUAGAAAGAACUGAUUCUGGAAGGGGAGAGACUGAGAAGAGGAGUGGAGGGAGCAGGAUGACUGGGACUUUCAGAAGUUAGUCUGAUGGAUGCUGAUGCUGGGCACCCAGUUCCCUGGAACUGUGUAUUAAUAACACUUCCUCUGUUUUCAUGAGUGACUUUUAGCCUGUCUGGCAGUUUUCACAGUCAGUGUGUGAGGGACAAGAGGUAGAAGGCAGCUCACUCUGCCUUGGCAGCUGUAACAGGCUGGGCUGUAAUACCUGAGGGUCUGAACUCUGACGAGCUGUGACAUCCUGACUAACCUGCAGGGCUCACAGAGGCUUUCAAAACAAACCCUGAGCUGCCAGAUUGGAAGCUGCUCCUGGAGCAGGUCUUCUGAGCAGUUCUGAGCGUGGAUGUGAGGCUUCAGUCCUUAGGCAAUGUGUACUCCAUGUUCCCAAGGACUUGCUCUGUGUCUUUAGUUGAUGGUAGGGUUUUUUUGUUUGUUUUGAUGAAAACCUGAAGCCUUUCCAACAGAGAAUGUGAAGUGCAGAGAAUUUCUAGAUGGAGCCCGUGCUUCAGGCUGUUUGCUGGGUUCAGGCUUUGAGAAUCCCAGUUCUUGGUGGGCAGUCCCACACAGGGAGGGAGAAGAGGUUAUUGGGCUUGGAAGUUGACCGGGGAGAUGGGACCCAACUGAGCUUUGAACAGCAAUCAUUGUCCUUCUUGAUGGUGCCAUAAUAUGUGCUUGACUCAAACCCAACCUUGCACAGGCAAGACCCUGUUAAGUCAUGUAAUUAGAUAUCUGUGGUUGUUCCUACCAGUGUGAUCCAGUGUUGAAUAGGCUAGAACAUAUGAAUAAAAUCAGUAUUUUUUAAA